AUGAGCGGUCCAGCCACUUCCGACAUCACCGCUGAGUCUGUGGCCACCCACCCAAGUCAGCCAAGCAUCACGCCCACCACUGCUCCCGAUGCCUCGCGACGAGAGCCCACCUCCACCGCCUCCGGUACCGCCGAACUCGCCGGUCAAUCGGUAACCACCCUGCUCGGUCACGAGCGGCAGAAGCUUGAGGUCGCCAAAAAGCUCGUCAUCGACUCGCUAAGAUACGAACCCGACUUCCCCAUCCCCGGCAUCAAGUUCAUCGACAUCCUACCGAUAUUCCAGAACCCUGUCGCAUUCGAGUCCCUCCUGGACGUGCUCGUCCUCCUCAUCCGCGAACGAUUCGGCAACGAGAUACCGGAUGUGAUUGUGGGCCUAGAGGCACGAGGAUUUCUCUUUGGGCCUACGCUCGCGCUGAGGCUCAACCGUCCAUUUGUCCCCGUUCGAAAGAAAGGCAAGAUGCCGGGCGCUUGCCGGACCGUGGAAUACAUGAAGGAAUAUGGAAAAGAUGAGUUCCAGGUGCAGAUCAGCGCCAUCAAGCCCGGCCAGACUUGCCUGAUCGUGGACGAUAUCAUUGCUACGGGAGGAACUGCCGCCGCGGCCGGAAAACUCGUGGAGCUUUGCGACGCGAAGCUCAUGGGUUAUCUCUUCAUGAUCGAGAUUACGAACCUCAAGGGCAAAGCGCUACUGGGAGACCACCCCAUCAUCACCCUCGUCGAGCAUGACGAAGAAGAAUAA